AGUACUGUGUAAAUGGUGCUGCAAAACGGUAGGAGAUUUAAAGUGCGUCAAAGACAAGAUCGUUGUAGACGGGCGAGACGUGACUUUGCGAGAAAUGAUCAGAAUCUUCAAUUUUCCACAUGAAGUGGACAUAUUGGACGACGAUGGAAUUUGCCAAAUGUGUCUGGAGCAGCUCUCAUGCUGUUAUCGAUUCCACGGUGCGCUGCUGAAAGCGCUUUCGCCAUUGGAACGAUCAAGCCUUGAGGCGAAUGGACUAGAGCAAUUGGAACGACGCUUUACUUGCGGCAUCUGCGACACGCAACUCGCUACGGAACUAGAGCACGCAAAACAUUUAAAAAUAAGCCAUCCGCAGUCACGGUACUUCUACUGCACUCCGUGCCAAAAACCAUUUAAAACCAGCCGUGGCCAGUUGCAGCAUGAAAGCAUUCACCACAGCCCAGCCGAAUGCUUCUCGUGCGGUAUUUGCCAGCGAUCGUUCAUCACCAAAACCAACUACCGCAACCACAUGCGACAUCAUAAGGAUUUUUUAUGUAACUUUUGCCACACGGGAUGGUUGUCGGAAGCUGUGUUGUUGGAGCACGUCCGUCUCCUUCAUGCCGAUCGCCUAUUCGCAUGCCCGUACUGUGAUAGAAAGGAGCGAAUGAGAAAAUGUCUCAAUCGUCACAUACGAUCGCGCCAUCACAAGCAGAGCGGCCAUUACUUCUGUGGUUAUUGCGGUAUCACUGGCACUGGCACGGCGUAUAGUGACUUUGAGUCACUAACGGAUCACCUACGGGAACAGCACCAAGGCACCGACACGUACGAAGAACUGUUGAGCGAAAGCCUUUUUGCGAAAGAACUGGCCCCGUUGGAAUGUGCACAAACGGGCGUGGUGAGCAGGGAGCAGGAAGAAUUUUUGCAAAAUGUUAACCUCACACGAAACACCAAAGCAAGGGAAACAGCACAAUGCAUGGCCGAGCCGAAGAUUGACCAGCGGAUGGUGCUGGAAGACUUUCUAGACGAAGCAUUCGAAAACGACGAGAUCUGGAAGAAGUACAUCGAAAACGGAGAGGAGUAUCUGAUCGACGAUUACGAUAUCUACUUGGUGCCGCAGCAGGAAUCUUGCCGCUAUCGGUGUCCACAGUGCGGUGAUCGGGGUUUUGAGAAGCAAAUUCAAUUAACCAUCCACCUGGCCGAAGAGCACGAUGUGUGCAGCCUGGUGUGCAACGAUUGUGGGGCAAGCUUUGCGCGGCUACAGAGUUACCGAAUGCACCGGGUCGAGCACAUGAAGGAGAAUGUUCGCUUCCGAGAAAAUAACAUCCCGGAGGCCGAGGAAGCCCUGUCUCUUGUGCACAGCAACACCGUCGAUUACACGCUGAAGGAGGAGGAAGGCGGCUACCGGUUUACGUGCAGCCUUUGCGAGCGAUCGUUUCAGCGGAAACAUAAUCUGGAGAAACACAACUGCCGGUUCUACAAGGAGCACGUGGGUCAGGGUGGCAUGCCAGCAAAGCAAUGCCAAUAUUGUGAUUUCCAGAGUCCGUCGGCCAAGGACCUUUACAACCACCAGCGAAGGCACCAGGACGCGAGCCAGGAAAACAUCUACUGUACGCUGUGCGAUCGUCGGUUCAGUUCCACCUCGGGGUUGAAGUAUCACUUGAAGCGUCACACGGGCAUCAAAGCAUUCACCUGUUUGUACUGUGGCAAGAAGUUUACGGCGAACUCAAAUCUCAACGCACACGUCCGGCAGGCGCACAGCGAGCACAAGAUGAACCCAUGUAACGAGUGUAACGCAACGUUCGCGACAAAGGAUCACCUCACUAAACAUCGGCGAUCGCGCCACCUACAGGAGCGCUCUUACGUUUGUGGUGAAUGCGGUAAGGCGUAUCUCCAGCGCUCCCAUCUCAACGGUCAUAUAGCAGCCACUCACCGAGAAUGUCGUUAUCUGUGCCACGUCUGCAACAGUUCGUACGCUUGUCGAAGUUCGCUAAAGCGGCACCAGCUGCAAAAUCACGGUUUACAGUGAAAUGUGCUGGAAUGUACGAAAAAGUAUGUAGUUAAGCGUAAUUUCUUUCAACGACGAAGCCCCUCACGAGCAACUCUAGAUCAUCUACGUUCAAGCUGGUCUCUUUCCUUUCGUCUAGUUGUUUUGUUUAAUUCAAUAUAUUUUUCUCUUCAUUAAAUUCAUUAUC